AUGGACAAUUCAAAUGAUGAUACACUCUCAACAUCAACUAGGCAAAAUGCAGAUGCUAUUAGAGCUCAUGAAAGACUUAUGAGAAUGCAUGAAAUUUAAAGAAAGGCAAAGAAUCUACCCAUUCCUACGAAUGAUAAAGAAGUCAAACUCAGACUAAGAGAAAUGGGCUAACCAAUUUGCUUAUUUGGAGAAGAUCCAGGAGAUAGAAGGGAAAGACUCAGGAAUGUAAUUGUCAAAUAUUACAUCGAGGAGGGCAAAGCUCCUGUUUUUUUCCACAAGUUUGUCGAUGAAUCCCAAUAGGAUGCUGGAAAGGAUGAAAACGAUGAGAAUGAAGUGUUUUACACUGAGGGAGGAACAGAAUUAAAGGAUGCUAGACUUCUCUUUGCUAAAUAUUCUCUGCCAAGAGCUUAGAGGAGACUUGCAGAAGCUAAAAAGAGAAGAUCCGAAAUUGACAGACUGAGAGAAGAGUAGGAAAUUGAAGAAUUCCUGAAUAGUAUACAUAACUAUGAGGUUAAAGAAUCACAAUAUGGUGAUGAUAGAAAUGUCUCAAGAGGUGCCAUUUCACCAGACUAAGAGCUAUUUGCAACAAGCGGGUGGUCAGGCACUUGCAAAAUUUGGGGUAUUCCUGAUUGCCAAGUUAGAACUGAGUUGAGAGGACAUACUGACAGAGUAAAUUCUAUUAGGUUUCAUCCCUUUACCGGUGAUAUUCCAGAGGAUGGACCAAAUGUGGCCACUUGCUCUGCAGAUGGAUCAAUAAGACUUUGGAGUUUGAAUCCAGAAUAUGAGUUUCAGAAGAGCAUUGAACUGAAAGGACACGAUGACGUUGUCAAUCAUAUCGAUUUUCACCCAAUGGGUUAGCACCUAGCCUCUUCAAGUGCUGAUAAGACUUGGAGAUUAUGGGACAUUACCACUAAGAAAGAUAUUUUAGUAUAAGAGGGACACGCUGCUGAAAUAUACCCAUUGACUUUUUAAAGAGAAGGAUCAUUGCUAGCAAGUGGAGAUUUCUAAGGUAUUGGACUUGUUUGGGACCUUAGGACAGGUCAAAAUGUGUUAUCCUUCUAGGGUCAUGUGAAAAGAAUAAUCUCAAUGAAAUUUCUACCGAAUGGAUAUCAAGUGGCAACUGGAAGUGAUGAUAAUACUGUUAAAAUCUGGGAUAUGAGAAGGAAGAACUGUGUGCAGACUGUUCCUGCACAUACUAAGCUUAUUUCAGACAUUAAAUUUGUGGAAUAAAAGGAGGGUAAAUUACUGAUGCUUACAAGUUCUUAUGAUAAUAAAUGCAAGAUAUGGGGCUGCACUGGGGAAACAGGGGACUGGGUGAUUUUAAGAACAUUAAAUGGUCAUGAAAACAAAGUUACUUCUGUAAAUAUGACUAGUGAUCUCAAAUAUGUGAUAUCAACUUCGUUUGAUAGGACUUUUAAGUUAUGGGAGCAAAAGCCAAAGUAUAUCCAAUGA